ACAUCACCUUUCACCUCGCGCUGUCUCCUCCUCCUCCUCCUCCUCCUCGAUCUCAGGUUGCUCAUCUCCAAUAAUACCUCACCUCACCUCACCUCACCUUCCCUCGCUAUAGCUGCUCCGCUUUUGCUUCACUUGCCGCCACCGCCGCCGGGAGACGGUAUCCAUGGUCGUCGAGCUCGCGGGAGGAGGAGAAAGAUAGGUUCUUGGUCGUGGUGGUGGUGGUGUUGGUGACGGCGGCGGCGGCGACGGCGGGAACGGGAGCGAGGUGGGGUGUGAGUGAGUUCGCCGAAGACGCCAAGCCACCAAGAUGGACUUGGUGGCGCACGGGGCGCCGGACAGCCCGCACUCGGACAACAGCGGCGGCGGUGGCGGAGUGGGACUGGGAGGAGGGCUGACGACGGGGGCGACGUCGGCGUCGGCGGCGGCGGCGGCGGGGGCGUCGCCGAGUAGGUACGAGUCGCAGAAGCGGCGGGACUGGAACACGUUCGGGCAGUACCUCCGCAACCACCGGCCGCCGCUGUCGCUGGCGCGGUGCAGCGGCGCCCACGUGCUGGAGUUCCUCCGCUACCUCGACCAGUUCGGCAAGACCAAGGUACACGCGGCGGCGUGCCCCUUCUUCGGCCACCCGGCGCCGCCGGCGCCCUGCCCCUGCCCGCUCCGCCAGGCCUGGGGCAGCCUCGACGCCCUCGUCGGCCGCCUCCGCGCUGCCUACGAGGAGAACGGCGGCCGCCCCGAGAACAACCCCUUCGGCGCCCGCGCCGUCCGCCUCUACCUCCGUGAGGUCCGCGAGCACCAGGCCCGCGCCCGCGGCGUCAGCUACGAGAAGAAGAAGCGCAAGAAGCCGCCCCACCCCUCCGCCGCCGCCGCCGCCGUCUCCGCCUCCCAAGACGACUCCAACGGCGCCCUCCUCCACCCCCACGACCACAUGCCGCCUCCUCCACCCGGCGCCGCCGCCUGAGCUCCAAGAUCGCCGGAGCAAGCUAGCUGCACCUACACCCCCUCCUCCCUACUACGCAUGCACUACA